UACGAUGUGCUGGGCGUGCCGGAGGCCGCGACGCACGACGACCUGCGCAAGGCCUACCGGCGCUUGGCCCUCAAGACCCACCCGGACAAGUGCCGCUCGCCGCGCGCGGCCGAGGCCUUCCUCGUCGUGAGCUCCGCCUACGAGGUCCUCGCCGACGCCGCGGCGCGGCGCGGCUACGAC